GUGUUUCUCGCUUCCCAAAAUGGCCUCUUUAAAAUACACAGUUCAAAAUCUAACUGAUCUGCUUCAAGUUUGAACUGUGUUUUCUUUCAAGAAAUACUAGAAAAAAGUAAGAAAGAAAAAACAGAGCGUCCCUCGUUGAAGGAAUCAAACAAAAGAUCACUGCAAAAUUUGAUGAGCUUGCUUCCCCACAUUUCUCGACUCCCAACUUUUAUGUCACAGACAAUAUAAAUCAAACAAGCAGAAUCAAGAUUCUUGUGUUAAAAUACUCUCUUCUUUUCCUUCACUCACACUCUGUCUACCGCUCUCUCUCUCUCUGCAAACUUGCCAUUCAGUUUUGUAGCUCUGUUUUGACUAACAAUGGCAGCAUCCGUACAAUUUAGGCCUCAGAACAGGGAUCUUGGGAUGGUAAUGAGGGAAGUUGAUGAAGAUCUUGCUAUAUUUCUCGGGAUCCAAAGUGUCGAAAUGGAGAAAAAAAAUGACCAUCUUCUAGUUGAGGAAUCCCUUCAGUUUGAUGAUGACUUCAAGUGUGCAGAGACUUGUUUGGUUGGGGCUGCUGAUGAUUUCCUCCGUUUGGAGAUGGAAAUUAGGGAUCAUGAUUGGCUUCUCAAGCAACCAGACACAUCGUUAAAUCCUUCACAGGAUGCAGAUGCGCUGGUUUGUGUAGCGAGCCAGACUAAAGGCUCGGAUGGUGAAGUCGAAAUUCCUUUGAAAUCUGAGCUGGAUGUCACAAUAACUGCUUCUGCAAGUGAAAGUUCAUCAACAUUAUCUAGUGUAGAGUGCUGCACUGCAGUGAGCAGAAAGCCUUUGUCUUCGUCAUCGGUUUGCAGGGCUGCAACGCCUACUGGUCGAGCUUCUGGAAAAUCGAGGCCCACUCGCUCUUCCACACCUACCACAUCAAGAGCUGCACUGCUGCCUUCUUCCAAACCUAAUGCUGCUCCAGCAAGAUCCUCAACUCCAGUUAGACCUGCUCCACGUUCGUCUACACCUGCCUCCAGACCUUCUCUACCAGUCGUUUCAAAGUCUGGAACGAGGUCUACCCCACCCGCGCGUAAACCAGCCACUCCAACAACCGUAUCUGCUUCGGAUAAAUCUUCAUCAGGGAAGAAAAUUAGCUCCACAGUACUGAAAAGCUCGUUGCCUUCUCGUGGAGCUUCUCCAGUGGUGAGAUCUAGGCCGUCAAGACCUUCGGAUGCGCUCUCUUCGUCUCAAGACGCUGAUGGGAAUCCGAAGGUGUCAUCAAUGCCUAAAAGGCCUGCUUCUGCUGCUAGAGAAAGGCUGAGCUCCAAUACGUCUUCUUCCUCAAACGAGAAGCCAAGGCAGAAGUCAUGCUCUCCUGCCAGAGCUCGCGCUCCUGCCAGCUCUGCUCCUAGAACCGGUAGCAGCAGGGUGAUGUCAAGAAGCCGGGGAUGCAACAAUGGCGGGGAUGAUGUUAACCCUGUAGUGAUGGGGGCGAAGAUGGUGGACAGAGUCGUGAACAUGAGGAAACUGGCUCCACCUAAGCAAGACGAGUAUGUCUCUCAAGAGAAUCCGAGGAAACCGUCACAGGAAAACUCGGGUUUUGGCAGAUCACUCUCAAAGAAGUCGCUGGAGAUGGCUAUGAGGCACAUGGACAUCAGGCGGAGCGUCCCAAACAAUUCACAAGCAUAGGCAGCUGGUUCUGCCUGAGAUCACCAUAAUAAUCUCCUCAGAUGUCGAACGCGAACAGUUGGGAGUCGAGAGAAGCUCCUAUUUUCUCAAUGGGAGGAGGAGAUGGAUGAGUGAUUUUGUUGAAGCAAUUGGAAGGGAAGGAAAGGAAAGGAAAAUAGGGUACUGAAAAUAUUGCAUUUGGACAUGCUAUUUUUUUUUAUGAUGAUCCCUUUGCAAUACCUAGUGUUUAUUAUAUAGUACAUGUAUUUUUAUAAUUAUAAUGAGUGUUAGAAGAAUUUGAAGGAUUCUUGAUCA